AUGCAAAUAAUAGAUACGAUCAACAUCAACACAUAUUUGGCGUAUAAUCCAAAGAAUGAUUUGGAUCCAAAGAGAAAACUUAAAUCUGAAUGUUUCAAGUGGGAUUCACAUCAUCCAAAAUCUUUAGUAUCCUUGUGCAUUGAGAAAUUAAGUGAAAAUUGGUCCGGAACACCACGACUCGAGAAAUUAGUAGCAAAAGAUCGAGAAUACUUUUUGAGAAUACUGAACACGGAUGUACCUCUUCAAAUAUUAGUAGAUAAUAUCAAAAGCGAUAUAUUUUGGAAAAGGUGUUACAAUUCCAAAUGGAGUGAUACUCCUACCAUAACUGAAAAUAAAAGAUGGAUAAACGUGUUCAUGGAGAGACAUUAUGCUGACAUUUUAGAGAAUAUGAACCCACGGCUGUAUGAUCCAGAGAAGAUCAAAACUCUCGUUCGUUUAUGUGGGCCGUACAUUCAGUCACUUUCCAUUCGUAGUCUGAUUCCAUCAGAUAUACCAGUACAAAGAACCACCUCACCAGAAAUGGCUGAUCUUUUAACAAGUCACAAAACAAAUGAAAAAAAAAUGGAAUCUAAGAGUAGUAGCGACAUUUUAUCACGAGACCACAUAUCUUUAAAUGCUGUUUUAGGUAGCUUGACUAAUUUAGUUGAGCUACAUAUCACUUUUCAGUUACGAGGAAUUGGAGAAUACUAUCGUAAGGAUCAGUUUCAGUUUACCAAUAGUGACGCAAAAAAAUUAUCUCAAGGUUUAGAAAAAUGCAAUCUAUUAAAAAUAUUUAGAUUAACAAGAAGUGAUAUGAAUUGUCAAAGGGUGAAAUAUAUUUUGCGAGGAUUGAGUGAUAAUCAAAAUCUAGAAACAUUAGAUUUUAGUCAUUGUAAAAUUGCAAACAUCGAACUUAAUGCCAAUACGACUGUUUUACUGAUAUUGUUUUUCAAUCAAGGGUGCAUUCCAGGACCAACUGGUGCAGAAAGUUUAUCGCAUGCCCUUAAUCAUCUAGGAUGUGGAAUCCGUAAUCUGGACUUAAGACUUAACAAUAAACUUGGAUCCGAUGGUAUAGCACAUAUAGCAGUAUCAAUCGCAAGAGGAUGUAAUCUCACAUCAUUAAACAUUUCUGGUUGUGGAAUAACACCUGGACCUUUAUCCAAAGCUCCUACUGGAGUAUGGUCAGCUACGAGCGCAGAUAAGCCACCAAGUUGUGGAGACCUUUUAGCAAGAGCCAUCGGACUAGUUAAAACUCCAUUACGGUCAUUAGAUAUAAGUGUGAAUAAUAUCGGAUCUCCAUGUGAUAGUGUAUUAUCCAAUGCGAUUUGCCUGAGUUAUAUAGUCGAUGUAAAUCUCAAACGUUCGGGUAUGAGUUCGAUUUCAAUGGCUGUAGCGGAAUCGGCUGCUGCUUCACAAAGACUUCGCAGAGAGGCUGAAAAAGGAGUACGAUUCAAAAGAAGUGCUGGUAGAGUUUUACAAGCUCGAAGGGUUGUGAAGGGCAUGAAUAUAGACGCCGAUCCUAUUCUUUUCGCUCAGCAGUUAUCUGCCCGACCUUCCAUAGUGUCAGUAGCAUCAGAGGAGGGAAUUUACAGUAUACAAACUCAACCGUUACCUUCUGAUUUUGGUUUUGUGCCAGCGUUAAAGAGUCCUUUACCAUCAUCUCGCAAUUCAUCAAUUACUGGACCACCUACAUCUAGAAGAUCUAGUCAUCAUAUCGUUUUAGAACCAGUUAAGGAACUUCACCGUACAGCUUUACUUCGUCGUGGAUCCGAUGGCUCAUUACUAAAAUCUCGUAGGAAUACAUCUGAACGUCAUAUUAAAAUAUUUAUAUCGAAUGAAUAUCAAGAUUAUGAUUAUUAGAUACAUAUAAGUUGAACUUCUGAUUAUCUCAAACAAUGUAUUUAAUAAACACAAACCACUUUUUAUU